AUUCCUCCUUGAAGAUUUUGCCAAGUUUGAUGUAAACACAGAUUAUGCAGUUAUUCAUGAAGGUUGUGACAGCCCAGCAUCCUGCAUUAUUCUCAGUGCUGCAACUGGCUCACGCACCAUUGUGCAUUCCAAUAAGAAUCUUCCUGAGCUUUCUGUGGAAGAUUUUAACAAGAUUGACUUAUCAGCAUUCCAAUGGGUUCAUUUUGAGGGACGAAAUGUUACAAAUAUUACAAAAAUGAUUGAACAUAUAAGAGAGUACAAUAAAAGCCACCAGGAUGGAAGCUCUAUCACUAUUUCCGUUGAGAUAGAAAAUGCAAAACAUGAGCUUGAGUCACUCAUUCCCUUGCCUGAUGUACUCUUUGUUUCCAAGGAUUAUGCCAUGUUUAAAGGAUACACCAAUAAGGAAGAAACAGUUGAGAAAAUCCAGGCUCAAACUAUCCCUGG